AUGAGGGUAAAGGCUAUCGAGGAAAAGCUCAAGGCAAUGGGGAACACUAAUGUUUUGGGCCUUUAUGUGGAAGAAAUGUGUCUGGUGCCUAGGGUCAUCAUUCCGGCCAAGUUCAAAGUUUCAGACUUUGAAAAAUAUAAGGGAAAUAGCGACCCUAGGACUCACAUUAGGGCAUACUGCCGAAAGAUGGUUGCUUAUUCCGACGAUGAUCAACUUUUAAUGCAUUUUUUCCAAUAUUCCCUCAGUGGGGCAUCCUUGGAUUGGUAUUUGCAACUCGAGGGCAGCCAUAUUCACACAUGGAGGGAAAUGGUCGAGGCAUUCCUCAAGCACUAUCAGUACAACACUGAUAUGGCACCUAAUCUCACGCAGUUCCAAAAUCUGACUCUAAGGUUUGAGGAGUCCUUCAAAGAGUAUGCCCAACAGUGGAGGGAAUUAGCUGCUAGGGUACAACCCCCAUUGCUAGAAAGAGAAUUGGUAGACAUGAUUAUGGGAAACCUGCAAGGUCCAUACCUUGACAGAAUGGUAGGGAGAACCUCUUCAGGCUUUUCCGACCUGGUCAUAGCCGGUGAAAGAAUAGAAAAUAUGAUUAAAAUGGGAAAGAUCCAGAACUCCACCAGUACUUCUAGUGCAUCGAAGAAACCUUUUGUUCCCUAUAAUAAAAAACGAGAAGGAGAGACCAAUGCCACCUCUAUCAUUCGAACAAGAAAUGCCUCUUAUCCACAAGUAACCGCCACAGUUCCCGUCCAACCAAGUCAACAACAACCAUUUACAAUUCUUGUUCAAACUCAACAACAUCAACGCUACCAGCAACCACAACAACAACGGGAGUUAGGACCCUCACCAGCGGUUCUUCCUCCUAGUUAUGAUGCAAAUGCCCAUUGUGAAUUUCAUUCUAGUGCUUCUGGGCAUUCAAUCGAUAAUUGUAAAGUGUUAAAGUACAAGGUUCAAGAUCUUAUUUAUUCUAAGGAAAUCGUGUUUUCCCCGAAGGGGGCAAAUGUAAGUAACAACCCAAUGCCCCCUCACAACAAUGCGGUCGUGAAUAUGAUGGAAGCUGGCAAUGGAAGAAGAUUGAUGUCUUGUGUGGACGAGUUAAAAACACCACUCAUCGAGAUCAAGAAUGCUUUAAUGAGGGAUAAUGCCUUUCCCAUUUGUAGUAAUGAUUGUGAACACUGUCUGAUUAACCUGCAACAAUGUAGAACGUUGAAGUCUGUCAGACAACAAUUAAUGGACCAAGGUAUUUUGGUGGUAGACUACCCAUCCACAAAAGAAGAUGUGUCUACCCUCGAGAUACCAUACGACGAUGUCCCUCCUCUACAAAUUCCAUAUGACUUCUCUCAGUUAACUCUGUUAACAAAUCCUGUUACUCCAAUCAUAAUAACAAUUCCCACACCAUUCCCGUAUGUAGACACCAAGGAAGUCCCAUGGAUGUAUGAAACCUCAGUCUACAUUCAUGGUCAGAAGAUUCAAGAAGAACCGUUGAAGUCUAGUGAUCCAAUGAUCAAUAUCACAGGCACUGGCGGAAUUACGAGAAGCGGAAAGAUAUUUGCGCUGACAUCCACUCUAAUUGGAACUAUCAAUCCUUCAACUUCAGACAAAGGCAAACAAAUUGAUGGAGCUUAG